CAUUGAUAAACAGACACAUGAUCAUAUGUGUAAUACUAUAGAAAUUAAAAAGGUAGAUUCUCAUGCAGGUAUUCAAGGAAUAUGCACAACAUGAAAAAGAUUCUUUGCAUAUUCCUGUAUUGCAUUACAUCAUUCAAUACAUUUGCUCAUGAUUCACCAGUCAAGGUGCUUAGAGUACCAAAUGCAAACAAUGUAUAUGGUAGAAUUGAUCCAAAGACAUCAAAAGGCUCAGUGCACUACCUAGGGACGUUUAACACAACAGAAGAAUGUGAAAAAGAAUGUAUCAAGCAGGUUGAAAGAUGUUGGUCAUACACUCACCACUCUUCAAAGUUUACAGGAUACGAAGGACAGUGCUUUGGAAGAAUAGAAGAACUCCUGUGGUCACCAAUGAAGGAAAUGGGCAUCAACUCCGGAAGAAUCCUAUGGCCCUGUAGAAGCAACUUGGACUGUAGUCUAAAUGGUGAAUGCCUAGAUGGGAUGUGUAAGUGUGACCAAGCAUGGAUGUUACAUAACUGUGAUGAGUUAAAUCUACUAAAAGCAGAUAAGAACACUGGGUAUAAACAAAUGGAUGAUGGUGUGCCAACAUCCAGCUGGGGUGGCCCUGUAAUACGUGAUCCCGUUGAUGGUACAUAUCACAUGUUCCCUGCGGAAAUGACUAGACAUUGUGGUAUAAAUUCUUGGACAGUGAACAGUCGUAUUGUACACGCAGUGUCUGAAACACCACUGGGGAAGUAUAAGCGUAUCCAAGAGCAGCAACCACCAUUUGCGCAUGAACCAGAUGUCAUCAAUGGGCCCAGAGGAGAGGCAAUCAUGUACUGGUCGGCUAUGGAGCAUAAGAACAAUGAUACACUGUGUAACUGUUCAGAUGGAUCAACCCCACCAAGUUGUAAACCAGGAUUGGUUACUUUCACGACAUAUAUGAGCAUGGCUGCACGCCCUAAAGGACCUUGGUCUGAGCCUGUUGUGGUCUUUCCAACAGCCCCUGGUGAUAACAACUUUGCGAUGGUAAUCCUCAAAAAUGGUACCCUGAUUGGGUUUAACAGGGUAGGAAAAUGGGGGACCAGUGGAUCUAGGAUUCACCUUGUGCGGGCAGAGAGCUACCUGGAUCCAAGCACCUAUAAGCAAAAUCCUGAUGAGCUCUGGCCACUCCUCCCAGCUGCAGGGACUGAGGAUCCAUUUAUGUACAUAGACAAGAGGGGAAAUUUCCAUGCUAUAUUUCACAAUAUGUACCCAAAUGACAUACAAGAAAAUUGUGGAGGCCAUGCCUAUAGCCCUGAUGGUAUAAACUGGCAAUAUGGUGGUAGGGCAUUUGGAAAUAAGGUCCAGUUUACGGAUGGUACUGAAUUCGAGUUCACACGUCGUGAACGUCCACAUUUUGUAUUUGAUAAAGAUGGAGUCACACCACUUGCUUUAACAAGUGGGGCUCAAUAUGGGGGCAAAUAUAAUGAUGCCUGCUACACUCUUUUACAACCAAUAAAUCACUAAUUAUGUUGGUUACAAUAACCAAAUUAUACAGGGUGAGCCCAAAAAGGUAACCCAAACAAAUCUUAAGUCAUUUUACACAAUUACUGUAAACCUUGUUCAAUGUUCUUUCAUUC